CGCAGCCAAAUACGAGUACAUGAUGAACUAAGAAACAUUCAACCACCCCAAAGCAAAGGAACAUCCCCCACACGUGACAUUGUCCUUAAUAGGGAAGCUGCUUUUCGCACACUUUAUUUUUUUCACGAUUGUUGGUGCUUGUGGACCUUUUUAAUUUUCUAAUUAUUUUUCUUUUCUCCCAUUUUCUCCAAAUUCACGUUCUUCUUUCUACAACACCUCCUUCUUCUAAAAUCCCUCAUCUUGAGUUGUAUGCUACCAUCAUGCCAUUGUCCGGCGGUCUUUUCCCCCACUGGCGUCGCAAAGCGGCGGAACGCUCCAGCAACAACUCGUAUGAGGUUCCAUACUACAUGAACGCAGCGUAUUAUCCCAAUUGGCGGAUAUACCGAAAACAACCUCCUUCAUCGCUCAGACUGGGAUUUGUCUCUCAUAUCUUCUACGCAUUUGCUUGGGUCAAAGAAGACGGCACCGUAUAUCUAAGCGAUGAAUGGGCCGAUGCGCAAAUGCCUGUGGACGGCACGCAGGGCUGUAUCCGGGCCUUCACGCAGCUGAAACCGCAAUACCCCAAGAUGAAAGUCAUUCUCUCCGUCGGCGGGGGCGGCAAGGGAAGCGAGAACUUUGCCCUCGUGGCGCGGAGUCAAUCGCGCACCGAGACAUUUGUCCGCACGGCCAGGGCGCUGGUAGACCAAUUCGGCCUUGACGGCCUCGACAUUGACUGGGAACACCCCGCCGACCCACAAGAAGGCAUGGACUACGUCCGACUACUAGCAAAGCUGCGGGAAGCACUGCCUUUGCCGCGAUUCGUAUUAGCAACCUGUCUUCCGGCGGGCCAAUGGGCUCUCCGGAAUAUCGAUCUCUCCAAGGCAUCUAUGUACCUCGACCUGAUCAAUCUUAUGACGUAUGAUUUUGCUGGACCUUGGACGAACGAGAGCGGACACCAUGCGCAAUUGUAUAGUCCUUCUCGGAAUCCGGGCGCUGUCUCUUGCCAAUCCAGUGUGCAAUAUGUGCUUUCGCAGGGUGUCGAUCCGAAGAAAAUCUUGCUAGGAGUCCCUGCCUACGGCCGGUCAUUUUUGGGUAGCGAGAAGCCCGGUCAACGGUAUGCUGGUACGGGUGGCGAGGACGGCGUGUUCGACUACAGUGAUUUGCCCCGUCCUGGCGCUAAGGAGCAUCACGAUGAUAAGCUGGGCGCAGCGUACUGCUCCGGUGGUGAUGGCGGGUUCGUAACCUAUGAUACGCCGCGGACGGUGCAGCAGAAGGCUAGGUUUGCGACCAAAACGAAGCUGGGAGGACUGUUCUAUUGGCAUAUCGGAGGAGAUGCACGCGGUCCGCGGAGUCUGAUCGAGACCGGGUAUAACACGCUACAUGAGAUGUAGCGUGUGUAGUCGAAAGAUCCCACUCGAAGCGCGGAGAGAUA